AUGGAGUUUCAGUAUCAGUAUACUGAGAACUGGGAUACGUUUGGAUCUCAGUGUCGGGAUACGGGAUCUGCGCCAGUUAAGCAGAGGUACCAAGCAAACGCCCGAGAAAGAGAUCGGACUCAAAACAGUGUCAACAUGGCGUUUAAUGCGCUGCGCAUGCUCAUACCAACGGAACCUCCAGAUCGCAAACUCAGCAAAAUUGAAAUACUACGCUUGGCCGGCAGUUACAUUACACAUCUUGACAACCAAUUAUAUACAGGUGACAUGGAACGACCUUGUCUCCGUAAUGACAACUGUGAACACAAGAAUGCCUCUAUGUGUACCUUUUGUUGGUCUACGUUGAAAAAAGAAAGAUCUACCGUGACUUCAAAUAACAAAUUUGUACCAUAUUAA